UACGACUACUACCUCUCUAUAGUGUGUUGAAUUGGUUCCGAUCCGAUCCCCGAUCAAGGCUACAGAGCGGUGACGAAACGGGAGCGCGCGAGCGCGUACUCGAUUGUUCUUAUCACCCUGUUGCUGCUGCUGCUGCACCCCGCCAAAUCUACCGUGACCCCGUGCGGUUUAUGACGGAUUAAAAAGCCCACUCACGCUUACGGUUGGUACAUGUGUUUGUGUGCUCGUGUCCUCGGCUACGGUAAUCCCGGCUAGUCGUUUGCGCCCUGGAUGCGCCCUGAUACCCGGCCUGGUUGGUGUGCGCAAACCGAGCGAACGAGCUCAGUAUGAUGCUGAUUACGGCAUUUGCCGGUUGUGUCGGUGUAGUGUAAUUAGUGUGUGAUAGUGGCAGCUCCAUCCGCCGGCUCGUCGAGAAGAUCGUUCGUCACUUGCGCCAGUCCGCGCAAACGCAACGUGUCGCACGCGAAAGUUAGUUUAGCGCAAAACCGUUGAGCGGAUAGAACACAGAAGCACAGAGACGGCCAGCUACGAUCGCAACGUGCGUGAACGUCACCGGUUAGAUAUCGUCUAUAGUGUACACGUGAGAAGUGCGCGUGUUUUUGUUCAGCGGUGUAAUUCUGUGCUUUUAAGAUUAACGAUCGAAACGCCAUCAUCAUCAUCAUGAUCGGGAUUAAAUACCUCAACGAUGCCCACCUCAAGGGGUUCGAAAAGUACAAGUACAACUGCGUCGAUACUAGUAUUCUUAGUGUGUAUGUUAUGCACCCGUUCUGGAACAAGGUGGUCCUGUUUUGUCCCCGGUGGAUAGCGCCCAAUCUACUCACCUUCACCGGCUUUCUGCUGACCGUGGUAAACUUCUUCUUGAUCGCGUACUACGAUUACGAUUUCCGCGCGGCCACAGAAACUCCCAUACCCAUACCGGACUGGGUAUGGAUACUGGCGGCAAUCAAUCUAUUCGUAGCUUACACUUUAGACGGUAUCGAUGGCAAACAGGCACGCAGAACCGGAACCAGCGGACCGCUGGGCGAACUGUUCGACCAUGGUCUCGAUUCCUACUCGGCCGUCCUCAUACCGAUCUACAUGUUUACGAUAUUCGGUGCAGCCGAUCUACCCCCAGUACGCAUGUUCUUCAUUACACUGAACGUGUUCAUGAACUUUUACCUGCCGCAUGUGGAGAAGUACCUUACCGGUGUAAUGUUCCUGCCCUGGGGUUACGAUUUUGUUAUGUGGGGUGUUUCGAUCACGCUAGCGAUCACCGGUAUUUUUGGUGCUGAGUUUUGGCAGAUCCCGGUGUUCGGCAUGAAACCGUGCCACAUCUUCGAGCUGACACUGUACAUUUCAGCCGUCAUUACUAGUCAUCCUAUUAUUAUAUAUAAUGUAUACAAAUCUUAUCGUGACAAAACGGGUAAAAUGCGAUCAUUCAGGGAAGCAAUUCGACCCCUCGUACCGCUCAGCAGCCUGUUCAUACUCUGCACCCUGUGGGUACUGUGCUCCCGCAAUGGUAUUAUCGACAUGGAACCGAGGCUGUACUUUGUAAUGUGUGGCACACUGUUCUCUAACAUUUGUUGUCGGCUCAUCGUAGCACAAAUGUCGGACACCCGGGCCGAUCUGUGGAACGGGCUGCUUAACUUGCUGUGCGUCGUUACACUCUUCUCCGUCCUGCCGUACCCAUCGCUCGGGCUGCCCGAGCUGAGCAUCGAGAUCGAACGAUACCUGCUGUACGGGCUGACCGUGUGCGUAACGAUCGCGCACCUUCACUACGGUGCCGGGGUGGUGCGCGAAAUGUGCCAUCAUUUCCGGAUUCGCUGCUUCAAAGUAAGAUCGGAUGCAAGUAGUAAGCGUACCGCGACCACCACUAAUAACCUAGACGUUAACCGUAACGGUAGCCAUCCUAACAAGCAUCAUCUUAACCAACGCCAGAGAAAAGCUGAGUAGUAGUGUAGUGCGCCCUGAUAGUAGACUGUAGCAGUGCGCCUUAGAGUAGAGAUAACCCUAUAACAAGUUGCCAAACCAUACCCAAUUUACUACUGUUAUUACUACUAUAACUACUACUACUACUAUGUGUUUUGCUUCUAAGCAGAUCGUCCCAACAGUGAAGCGCAAUGCAACGAAACUAGCACUGGUGUAGUGUGCGUUGUUUGUGGGCAGAACGUCUCCCGUACUGUGGUGUCGCGUCUAGAAACUCCCAAUGUAUGUAGUGUGGUGUGUUAUCCCAAUGUACACCCGUAUUAGACGAUGGUGGUAUAAAUGUGACUGGUGCUAGUACUAUCAUUGUCUAGUACACAAGAUACCAGUAGUGAUACGAUCACCCGGGUAGGCUGUGUUUUGUCACCGUAUCCCUUUGACUGUUUUUGUUUGAGCUGAUUAACACAUGAUACUCGUUUCGCAUGGCGCUAGAUUUUUUGUUUACUAUUCGAAACAUUCUUGUAAAUUAACUGUACAGAACUAAGCCUAAUGUUGUGUUCUUGUUUUGCUAUUUCCUGUUCAAUUUCCCUUUUGAUGCCCUUUUGUGCCUGUGUUGCAUUUGAACCCUGUAGAGAACGAUGAACGAUCAAUCGAAUGAACUAAUAAUUUACUACUUGAUUUUCUUCCCAAUCAAACCACUCACUACUGCUUACAUCCUAACGAAACGGUUCCCCCAAACUGAUCAACAAACUGAUUGCAAACACCAACAACAACAACGACAACAACAACAACAACGAAAUACUCUCUAACUUUAACCAAUAUUCCCACGAGGAUAGAUAGCGCCGCACGAUAAGCCUUUGCUAAGCUACUAAACUCAAUAGUUCGCAAGGGGAGGGGUGGGAAGGGGGUUAUGCACUAAAGUAAAUCAAAACCUCCCCCUAAAACAAAAACAGUAUAUCAGCAUGCCCAAACGAUAGUCUGCGAUGAGGAGCGAUUUCAGCCCGUAUUUAUUCAUCAUGCGUUCCACCGAGAACUGAAAACAAAAGGAAAAGCAUAUAAACAAAACCCCCGCCGGCCAGUAGCAUGUGUGGUUGAGCCAUGUGAUCGUAGUAACCGAUUGGUACGGUUUGUAAUACUAAACGUAUAACGUUACCCACAGAUACCAACCAGUCCGUUACCGCAGACGACACCGCCAGCGGACGAUAUGGAGGACAUCGAGCUGUAAAUGGGGGAACGCGCGGGAAUCGGAAUCGAAAUCGAAAGUGCUUUUAGUACGGAACGUUUAUUACUUAUGCUUAUAGAGCGGCCUAUUAUUUUAGGCUUCGGGCUAGGGAGGCGGAAGUGGGUUCUAGGGUGGGAUACUGCUAUGUUGUACAUAUACAUGUUUACCAACGUUAGACGAGCGGGGUACUUGAGAAUGGAGGUGUAUAUUUAGAACUGUAAGGUGUGCAAUUUGGAGAUGAAGGUGGUUCUUCGGCAAAUAUAGCAAAAUGACAGUAAAA